AUCAACGGUUGGGACUGGUUCCCAUGAUGCAUCAGUGCUUACUUAGAGCGUAUCUCAUCGGACUAAAUGAUCAUUUUCUCUGAUAUUUUCUCCGUUUUUCGAUAUUUUAACAGAAGCCAUGGAGAGUGACUGUACGGAUUAACGAGCCUUCAACGUGCGGACACCGAGUUUAGGACGUUUUAAAGAAGACACGGCUGGUUUUUGUGACAUUAAUGGAAGUUAGCCGACCUGUUUCGCGUGCCAUGAGGGACUGAACCUUCCCAGGAGGCAACAUGUUAGCCACACAGACCCCAGAUAUGCCACCUGAGGCUACAGAUGUCAAACAGAUUAAGGAGAAGUUGGCUCAGUCCCUCAAAGCGCUGCAGAAGCGAUACGUGACGUCAGACGCUGUGGUCACCAGUGAAGAUGGAGACGCUAACCUCCUCUGCUGCGCCCUGGAGGCCAUCUUCAUCCACGGCAUCAAGGCCAAGUUCAUCCGCUCGGAGGCCGGAGGUCGAAAUAGGAAACCGGACAGAGGAGGCCUCCCUCAGCCUUUCUUCUGGAGCCUCCUGAAGACCGUCACCCACCGUGACGUGAUCACUGAGCUGGAGAAGAUCAGCUUCGUGGGCACCGAUGUGGGUCGCUGCCGGGCCUGGCUGCGUCUCGCCCUCAACCACGGCCUCCUGGAGUGCUACCUGGCGUCGCUGUUUCGGGAAGACUCCCAGCUUCGGGCCCACUACCAGCCCAGUGCCUUGCUGCUGAACGCUGAGGAGCGAGAGGUCCUGCUCAGCUACCUCCAGGGUCUGGCCUCCCUCACCUUCAGCCUGUCCUACAAGUCGGCCGUCCUCAACGAAUGGACCACCACGCCUCUGGCUCUGGCCGGACUCUGCCCGCUGUCCCAGGCCGACCUUCUGGACCUGCCUUUGAACGGAGGAGACCACUCCACCUCCAGGUCCGUGUGUAAGGAGGUCUGGGACACGGCGUCUCAGUCGUCGGGUUCUUCUGACGCGUUGGAUCUUCAGAGAGGAUGUCCGGUUUCGAUGGGGAGGAGCUCGGGUGUGUUUCAAUCAGACAGGACUGGGAUCCACUCGUCUAAUUUAAGCCUGGAUACCACCGGAUCAUCUCAGCUGUCCUCCAGCCUCAGCUCUGAUAGUCUUCUGCAGGGACAGGACCCUCGCAGCCCGACAGGAGAGCAGUGGUCCUCAUGUGACCUGGAAACGCCCAUUAAUGUCAGCAUCAGGAGGCCACAGAAAGACUUGCUGGCUGAUUUCCGGGAGAGCGGCCACUGCAGUCAGGACUCUAUGCGUGAAGACUCGUUCGUCUCCAGCUCCGGUCCUGAUCAGUUCUCUGAAAUCAUCUUCAGCGGGUCCGACAGCGAGAGCCAGGGUCCUCCUACACCGUCCCAGGACCCCGUGGACCAGCUCCCAAACUCAGACUCGGAGCCUCCACCAACAACCCCUGAGCUGCUGCCGUCUGAUGAGCCUCCUGAAGUCUGUAAUGGUUCCUCCUCAGACAUGCCGUCCUCAGAGCUGUCUUCAGAUGUGCUGUCCUCAGAUGUGCAGUCUUCAGACGUGCUGUCCUCAGAUGUGCAGUCUUCAGACGUGCUGUCCUCAGAUGUGCAGUCUUCAGACGUGCUGUCCUCAGAUGUGCAGUCUUCAGACGUGCUGUCCUCAGAUGUGCGGCCUUCAGACGUGCUGUCCUCAGAUGUGCAGUCUUCAGACAAGCUAUCCUCAGAGCUGUCUUCAGAGCUGUCCACAGACAAGCUGUCUUCAGUCAGUGAACCUGUGGAGGAAACACCACUAGCUGGGGUUCAGGACAUCCAGGAGGAGAAGCAAACUGAGAUUACGACCUCAGGAACUCCAGAACAUCAAAGUGUCCGUCGCUCUACAAGCAUCCUGAGCAGAAAACUGUCCUCAGACUCUCUGUCUCACUCUCACUCCUGGAUCUCUGAGGACGACAUCUACAAGCCUCACCUGGAAGAGGUUCCUGACAGCGAUGAAGUUCCUCCUGCCGCCCUCCCAGCUGAGACCGAAGCCCCCCAGUCUCCUCCCAGUGUGGUCCAUCGCAGACAGAUAGGUCUGUCCAACCCGUUCCGAGGUCUUCUGAAGCUGGGUCACCUGGAGCGUCGUGGUGCGAUGGGGAUCUGGAGGGAUUAUUACUGCGAGCUGUCUCCCUUUGAGUUCCGUCUCUAUCUGAACUCCGAAGAGAGAACGUGUUACGAUAACUGCUCUCUGCUGAGAUGUGAAGACGCUCGGAUCACGUCAUCCGAGGGACGCUUUGAGUUGGUGUUUCCCGGGAAGCGGGUUUCCCUCCGAGCGGCGAAUCGCGGUGAAGCCGAGGACUGGGUGGACCGGAUCGUGGAGGCCGUCAACAAAUGCCGACCGGCGCCUCGUACGGAUGAGCAGUGGGAAGUUCUGCAGCCCACCGGUGAGAACGGGGUUGAUGAUCGUCUGGUUUCUUCUCCGUCCUCGGCUCCUUCCAGCCCUGAGAAAGGACUGACUUCUUCUGACAUGAAUGGAGGACCGGAGACUCCUCCUCUGCAGGACGUGGACUGGACUCGGACCGCGGAUUUAGAAACAGACUCCAUCAAAGAAGCAGUUUUGUACUUGUCCAUAGAUCCUGAAGCUCAGACGUGGUCACCGCUGGUCUUCUCUCUCUCCUUGGAGGCCUUGAAGGGCUUCAGGGUUCAGGGUGGCAGAAAGCUGCUGCGGCUGACGUUUCCCAUCGAGGACGUCCGAGACAUCGUUCCUGACGUCUCUCUAGGAGGUCCGGCCUUCUUCAAGCUCCUGACCGUCAGGGAGACGCUCAGACUGCGAGCGGAGAACCAAGAGGAGGCUCGGUCCUGGAGGGCUUUGAUCCGAGGAGCUCUGGACUCGUACCUGGAGAGCGGAGAGGAAGGAGGUUCUGAUGGACCAACUGCAGCACGGUUAGGAUUAUCUGGAAACCUCCACAGACUGGUGCAGCACAGACUGAAGGAGGACGGAGCUCUUCUGGCUCAUUUGUGCACGGUUCCCUCAGAGAAAGGACUGGACGCACAGAACUUCAAAUGUGCAGGUUGUCCUCAGCAGAUCGGUCCGUCGCAGGGCAGAUCCAGGUUGUGUGAGUUCUCUGGUCAGUACUACUGCGAGUCCUGCCACAGCGGAGAAACCUCCAUCAUCCCGGCUCGCAUGGUGCACAACUGGGACCUCACACAGCGAGAGGUGUCUAAAAAGGCCGUCUGGCUGCUGGUCCAGGUCCAACACGAGCCUCUGCUGAACCUGGAGCAGCUGAACCCAGAGCUGGUCAAACAUUCGGAGUCCAUGUCUCAGAUCCACAAUCUGAGGGAGAGGCUCCGUCUGCUGGGAGACUACCUGCUCACCUGUCGCAGUGGAGCCAGCAAGAGUCUGCAGGCCAGAAUGGGGCAGAGAACCUACCUGAUGGAGUCCACUCACCUGUACAGCGUCAUGGAUCUACGACAGAUAGCGGAGGGCCAGUUUGCCACCUUCCUGCUCACUCUGCUGGACUUCGCCUCCAGCCAUGUGUUCCACUGUGAUCUGUGCACCCAGAGAGGAUUCAUCUGUCAGGUCUGCCACUCCAGCGACAUCAUCUUCCCCUUCCAGUUCGGCAGCACCACCCGGUGUAAAGACUGUAAAGCCGUGUUCCAUCUGUCCUGUAAAACCGCCGGGCUUCCUUGUCCUCGCUGCCAGCGGAUGAAGAAAUACCUGGAGAGAGACCUGCAGGACUGAAGAAUUUAGCUUUUUUUACACAAAGUCUAACCUCAAGUGCCAUUAGGAGGGAGAGCGGCUGCAGAUUUCAGCCUUCAGUACCGUAGAAACACAGCAGCCAAACGUUAGCCGCUUUAAUACCUCUGAGCUGUGGUUCGUUCUGUCCUCACGUCUGUAUGUUCCUCCGACCGUCACGUUUACCAGAAAAAGAUUCACGGUCUGCAAUCGGCCGUGCUUCCAUGGCAUGUUUUUGAAGUUUGGCAUCGGAGGAAGUUAAUAGAAACUGCUGAAAAAUAACAGCUCAAUUUACUCUUUCCAAAAUGAGCUUCAUGGGAGAUAGAAACGCCUUUUUUGAAUAUAAUUUGUCUUAAUAAUUUUGUUUUUGCCUCAAAAGAUUUAAACACAUCAUAACUGCUGAUAUGACAGAAAAAUUACAACUUUUUUCAUUAAAAAUAAUUCCUUAAAGACCUUUUUUUUUUAAAAAUCAUAGACCCCAGCUUUCUAAGGUUUUUCUUCUUUUUUGCAUUUUUUUUUUAGCCAGUUUGGUUGGUUUCUGUCUUCUUCUACUCUGUUCAUUCCGACCAUGUAGCCUUUAGCGCCACCUUCAGGCGCCGGGUUUCUUCACUCCAAAGCAACUUUGCAAACAUUUGCUUCUAACUUGCUCGAGGAUUUUCUGGAAACGCGACUUUUCAGCGCAAGUUUUCUUUCAUGCAAAAAUCCAGAAAACAGCACUUGAAAUGUUGGACUUUUUGGUUUUGAUUGUGCCUUCUGUUUGAUUUAAGCUUUAUUCUCAAAACACAUCAGAGACAGAAGAAAAAGUUUAUCUGGAUUUAGUGUAAAUAUGACGACUUUGUGGAAUGUUUCUCUGCUAAAAGAGCUUCAGAGAAUAAAAGAAUAUCAGUUUUGCUGCUGGUGUGUUGAGUCACACCGACGUAGAAUCAUUAACUGAAGGACAGAAAUAAUGAUUAUGUGGCUAAAAGAAGAUUUUUUUUGGGGGGGGGAAAUACGACACGAUUUGCACAUUUGCACUCAGCUAUGACUGUUAAAUUACAAAAUAAAAGGAGCUGAACGAAGCCACGGAUUGUUUCCAUUUAUCCACUUAAAGUAACUAAACAGUUUUUUAUUAUUUAGCUGAACGUGUGGAGAGAAUAAUCCAUGAAGGAGCUGAUUUUGAAAUAGCAGAACACAUAUCACUUCAGAAACUGCAGAACUGUUAUUCCUGGUUUGUAUUUAUUUCAUGUCUGUUUGUUGGAAUAAAUGUCCGUGUGUUGCA